CGAACAGUGUGAUUUAGGAAAAGCACAUCGAAAGCUUCGCAUUUUCAUUUUAUCUCCCUAACUUUAACAAAAACACAAAGUCAAUAUGUUCAAGUUGGUCUUGGCUCUGUCUCUCCUCGUCGCCGCCGCUUCGGCCGGAUACGCCGGAUACGCUGGAUACCCAUACGCCGCAUCUUACGCCGCUCCUUAUGCUUACGGAGCUCACUAUGGAGCUCACUACGGAACUGCCUACGGUAGCCAUCUCGGUGCCUACCAUGCCGCCCCUGCCGUUGCCGCCUACCACUCUCCUCUCGCUUACCACGCUCCCGUUGUGAAGACCGUCGCCGCCGCCCCUGUUGCCUAUGCCGCCCCUGUUGUCAAGACCGUGGCCGCCCCAGUCGCCUACCAUGCCCCAGUUGCCGUCAAGGCUGCCGUCCCUCUUGCCACGUCCUACGCCAACACCUAUAAGGUUUCUGUUAAGGCUCCAGUCGCCUACGCUGCCCCUGCUGUCGUCGCCCAUCACGCUCCCGCUGUCGCCGUGGCUCAUGCCCCAGUUUACAGCGCGGCCUACCACGCCCCAGCUGUGACCUAUGCUGCCCACGCUGCUCCCCUGGCCGUCGCCCACGGCUACUACCACUAAAUAGCUCAUGGACUGGAGGCGCACACCAACAACAGCACAGAACCUCUUGAGAUAUCAUAAUUUAUUUUGUAAUAUUGUGAAAACGCUCAUUUUUUGUUCAUACUAACCAUCCAGCAACGGGUGAGGCCCGAGGGCCUGAGAGACCCUAGGUUCUCUUCACAACGACGUGAAUAUCGCGUAAAUGAAAUCGUUGUAAAUAUUGCCAUUUUUUGUAAUGAAACCAGACAAAAACUACAAAGGGAGUUUUAAGAGAGAGUCUACAUAGCAAUGGACUGAAAUAUGAUCCAUCGUACAAUAUUAGAAUGAAUGUUUUACCCAGAGAAGACAAAAAGAAAUAUAAAAAAAUAAAAUCGGUUCUCUUGC